AUGGAGAAUGACCAGCACCCCGACGGCCACCAGCCUAACCCGCCGCCACCACCCCAGCAGCUUCCCGACGACGUGCUCCGAGAUAUCUUCCACCGCCUCCCGUCGGAUCCCAGCGCCCUCGCUCUCGUCUCCUCGUCCUACAAUGCCUGGCGGCGCGUCGUCCACGACGAGGAGAACUUCCUCCGCUCCUUCCGCGCGGCACACCACGGCAUCCCACCACUCAUCGGCUUCUACUCCGACCCCUUCUACGGCGUGCUCCAAUUCACCCCGACCACGCCUCCUACCCCGCCGUUGCCCCCCGCCCCCGCUGGGUUCCAAGUCUACGGUUGCACGCACGGUCGUCUGCUCCUCGGCGGCAGAGACGGCGACCGCGCCCUCCUACUUGUCCGAGAUCCUCUGACCGGGGAGGAGCACUCCAUCCCGCCGGCGCCUGGCCUUCUCCCCGGGCAGAGCUGCGGCGCAGCGCUGAUCUGCGACGCCAACCAUGCUAAGGGCGAGGACUGCCACUCAUCGCCGUUCCGCGUCGUCUUUGCAUAUAGCGAGGACUAUCCACCCGGCGGCUGGCACCCGCCCAUGGCUCUCAUCAGCACCUUCGCCUGGGUGCCUCCGUGGCCGUGA